AUGAGCCAACAACAACGACAUUCAUCAUCAUCGUUACAACAUUCACGAAGAGAAUUCGACCCAUCUCGGGCCUUAUCUUCCGAAGCAGAUCCUACAAGAAAUUUUUCCACCCCAAGAAGGGAGUAUGUCUAUGGAGGUAGUGUAAGUUCUCAUCAUCAUCAACCACAUCAUCGGGAUGAUUAUCGUCGGUAUUCUAGGCCACAACAUGAUGAUGGUGGAAGCAACUCAUUUAGGCAAGAAAGACCACCAUCUUCAUUCUCCUCAUCUUCAUCUGCUCAUAAUGAUAGGAAAAGAGUAGAGCUAUCACACCAACCACAACCAAGUGAACAGCAACAUUACAAGAUACAUGAUGAUAGACGUAAUGUGAGUAACACCAAUGUUUCUUCUCACCAUAAUUACCAUUCCGAAAAUUAUUAUCACAGAUCGCACGAUUCUGACCGUAGACCAUCUCAUCAUGGUUAUCGCCAUCGUGACGACAAAAUUUCUCGAAAGGAGGAGGAUACGUACGAUCGUAAGAACCACCAUCCUCCAUCAAGUUAUGACACUCAAAAAAGAUCUUCAAAUUAUCAACAAGAACAUGAUGAUAGACAUUUUCCAUCAAGUCAAUCAUCACGAAAUGUUCCUGCCCUCUCCUCGAAUGUAACACCUUCAACGAACGAUGAAUUGAGGAAUACAAAGCAAAUGGAAACAAAACGAAAAGCACUCGUCGCAUUUAAAGAUCAGCACGAGGAGAGAACUAUCACAACGGACACAAAACGUGUGAAAUUCGAAAAGUCUCCCAUAGUGGAUUCAUCUGCAAAAUCAUCCAACACACCUAAGGAAAAUAACACGUUGACUACUCAACAACAAGUGCCUCCUCCCAAUGAAGAGGAGAUGAUUAAGCAAACGUUACUCAUGGAAGAACAAUUAAUUAAGGCAAAUGAUGAAAAUGAAGUGAAACGAAAACGUGAAGAGCGUAAAAAGAAAUUCCAACAAAUGGAAAAAGAAAAACAAGAGGUCUCUCCAAAUCUUCAACCAGAGGAUCACAUCAUAUCAGAGGAUGAAAAUGACGAAACUGAAUCUUCGGUUGCUCCUCUUAGCUCUGACGCUUUCAAAUCAGGAGGAGAUAACAGUUUUUAUUACGAAUUAGAACAAGAACGAAACAAAUUACAAGAAAGAUCCAUGAAUGACGAUAUUAGUGGAUCAUCAAAAGAACCCACUGUUACCUCGUUACAUGAAGACACAAACAAUGAGAAAGGAAAAGAGGGUGAAUCAUCUCCAUUCAUUGACAUGUUUGGAGCUUCUACGGAUGAGCUUGUUCAAGCUCUUGUAACCAGUGAGGCUUCUACUCAUGUAAAUACUGCUGUCGAUUUGUAUGAUGAUCCUGAGGGCUACUACCGAUUCACCAUAGGAGAGGUCAUGAAUGACAGAUACAAAAUCGAGAUGUUUCUUGGGCAAGGUGUUUUUUCACAGGUUGUACAGGCUUCAGACAAACUUGCAAAAGAUCCUCAAUCGCAACGUGUAGCGAUCAAGAUUAUAAGGAGUAGUGAAACAAUGCGAAAGGCAGGAAUGAAGGAGUUAAAUAUCAUCUCAAUGCUAAUGGAUCGAGAUCCUAAUGACGAGUUGCAUAUUAUUCGAAUGUUAGAUCAUUUCACAUAUAGAAACCAUUUAUGCCUCGUGUUUGAACUGCUAGAAAUGAAUUUACGAGACAUUCUCAAACACUACGGUCGAAAAGAGGGUAAACAAGUCGGUAUCAGUAUGGAUGCAGUAAGAGUUUAUACCAAACAGCUCCUCGUUGCACUAAAACACAUUCAAGAUUGCAAUAUUAUUCACGCAGAUAUCAAGCCAGAUAACAUGCUAGUUCAUUCAAGCCACACCAAAGUGAAAUUAUCAGAUUUUGGCUCAGCCUCAGACAUUAGUGAAAAUAGUAUUACUCCGUAUUUAGUUUCAAGAUUUUAUAGAGCUCCAGAAAUUAUAUUGGGCAUGAAAUAUUCGUAUCCCAUUGAUAUGUGGAGUGUAGCCUGUACAGUUUUUGAGCUAUAUACCGGAAAAAUUCUGUUCCCUUCCCAAAACAACAAUGAUGCUCUACGACUCAUGAUGGAAUUGAAAGGAAAAUUUUCGAAUAAGGUUCUUAAAAAGUGUGCCUUUCGAGAAAGUCAUUUCGAUUUCAAUGGCGACGGAGCGUUUUUAUUUCGUGAAUGGGAUCCAUUGACAAAGAAAAUCAAAGUUAGAAAAAUGUAUUUCCAGAAAAGUAUCACAGAUUUGAAAGCCAUGCUCUUGAAUUCCAUGCUGAGCAAUCAACAUGUCGAGGAUGAGAAAGCUAUCAAAGAGGAACGAAAGUUGGUCCUGAUGUUACACGAUUUCUUGGAUAAGGCUCUCAUCCUUGAUCCUUCUAAGCGCUUAACUGUUGCUGAUGCACUCAAACAUCCAUUUGUGAUGGAAAGCACGACCAUUCAAACACAGAACUUGGUGAACAUAUAUUGA